AUGAUCACGCCCACGGGGGAGUCCGAAGACUGUACGGCGGUCACGGUUGACGCGGCACUUGAGGUUGAGGAGCUGGAUCAGGACCUCUACAGGAGUAUUCGUCUAUGGCAACCAGCGCGUGCCCGUGGAGUAUUCGGCGGUCAAGUCAUUGGCAUGGCCGUUGCCUCAGCAGCCAAGACGGUUCGUGCAGACCAGACGCUCCACUCGCUGCAUUGCUAUUUCCUCCUCGCCGGUGAUCGAUCACAGCCCAUUGUCUAUCGCGUUGAGCGGGUGCGCGAUGGAGGCUCCUACGCAACAAGACAGGUCCAAGCGCAACAGAAGGGCAGGUGCAUCUUUACAGUCUUGCUGUCCUACCACGUACCCGAGCCUAGGCAGCCUACGUUCGCUAUACCGCUUCCACCACCGCUAGGAGGGACAGGAGGUGCAGGCAGCUCAACAGAAGCGAAUGCCCGUCUCUUCGAGCCGCAAACCUCCUUCUCCCGGUCACCCACUCCCAACAGUAUCGUUGCCGCCCUCCCUCCCCCCGAGACCUCCCCUCUCAACGAGCAACGCUACAUAGACGUCCUAGCCCGAUAUGGGUCUUCUGUCCCGCCCAAACUCAAGAAACUCCUCGAAGCCUGGAUUCGCGACAGGCGAAAAUCCCCCUUGGAGAUCAGGAAUGCCCUGCCGGGUAUGUACGACGACAAUGGUCUUCCUACGCCAGGGUACGAGCAGGCCUUUUGGCUUCGCACGCGCAAGCCUGUGAAGGGGGACAUCGAGGCGCAAAAGGCCGCAUUGGCUUAUGCUUCUGAUUUCCAGUUCUUGAGCUCUGUCCCAAAGGCUUUGGAGAAUAGCCCCAACAUUAAGAUGAUGGCUAGCUUGGAUCAUUGCAUGUGGUUCUACAACGACUUCGAUGUGCACGAGUGGCUCCUCUUCCUCAUGCAGACUCAAGCUGCCGGGCAUGGCCGUGGCGUAGCGCUGGGAAGGAUCUAUCGUCGUGAUGGGACCCUUGUGGCCGUGCUAGCGCAGGAGGGCAUGGUGAGGGAGAACCUCGAGAGAAAAAGGGACGUGGACGCUAGCAAGCUCUAA